UUCCACUCCGCUUCUUCUUCUUCUCCUUCUCCAUCCACCAGCAGCUCAGCUCCACUUUUUGGGAUGCGCUUCUCUCUCUUAGUUCUCUUUCCUUCGUCUCUGCCUGCUGCUGCUGCUCUCUGCUGCUGUCUGCUUUUCCCCCGGUCUUCUCUUCCUCUUCUCUUGCAGCUUCCUUCCAUUCCUUCGUCUCUUAAUGCCAUUUUGAUUGAUUACUUACUGGUUGGGGUCCAACUCUAUACUUCUUUGGUGAUUCUCCCCCGAUAUUAUUAUUAUCAGGGCAAAUAUUCCAUUCCUUCCUGUUAUUUCCCUCUCCUCUCUCUCUCUCUCUCUCUCUCUCUCUCUCUCUCUCUCUCUCUCUCUCUCUCUCUCUCUUCUCCUUCUCUGCUUCUUCUCUUCUUCACUCACUCCCACUCCUUCUCCAUCGCCAAUCCCGGGAUAUUCUUCCUGGAUCCUCCCUGUUGGUGUUUGAUAAGCUCGACAACUUCCCGUAUUCUGCUCCAUCUUCGCCGAUCCCGCCCGCUUCUUCUGAACUUCUGAGACUCUCUUCCCUGUUGCUCGUGUCGGGGACUAGUGAAUCUUCGUCUCCAGUUGCCCCCAAACUCUUGGGUUUCCCUCCCCCCCAUUUCAUGACUCUGUAGUGUCUCUCCCUACCAACUCGUCCAUUAACUCUUAUUUACUUUCCCUGCUAUUAUUACUCCAUCUUAUUUAUUUUUAUUCUACUACCUUCUUCCCACUCUUGACUACUUCCUCUCUCCCCUCCCUCCUGCUGACUCCUUGGCUUCAUUCCUUCCGACACUCUAUUCUAUUUUCUUCUUCCAACCUAUCGAUCAUGA